CAAGAAUUGUUAUGCAGACGUGAUUGGAAAGAUUGUUGCCCGAACCAAGAUUCAAACAAACUUAAUCAAGGGCAGAGAGCACAAGUUUAUGGAAGUUACUCUAGAAGACCAUGAGUAAGCUAAAAUAUUAUACAAAAUAUCAGCGGUUAAUUAAAUUGAAAUAAUAGAUUCUAAUUUGGUCCCCGUUAUGCUACUAUAGGGGGAAUCGUAUGGGAUGCACCCUGUGGGGGGAAUAUGUUGAUCAAUUUCUGGGAUGUUUGACCCAGAAUGCCCAUGAGCCGGUUGUCAUGCUGUUGAGUUUUUGCCACCCAAGGCGUUAUAGGGGUGCUGUCACUGUCUCUACUGCGUUUCAUGUUACAAAGAUGCUGUUCGAUGGUAAUUCUGAUGAGGUCACUGAAUUUAGAGCCAGGUUACCUCCACAGGUGGACGAAGGUAGUAUCGUUCUAAGCGGUGGAGCAUAUGGGGAAGAAGGUGUUGUGAAGACUACCACAAUCAAGGCUCUAUUGGACACCACAAAGCCUGGCCCCUACUGGGUUGUUGGGAACAUAGCAUCGAUUCAUGACUCGGGUGACUGGUGCUACUUAGGGUGCACUGAUUGCAACAAAAAGGUCAUUCCUGAUGGGGAUAAAUUCAGGUGUUCAGGUUGUGACUUUACCAUGCCGCACGGAGUCUACAGGUUCAAGGUCAAUGUUCGAGUAUAUGAUUCGACUGGUCAUGCUUCGUUCAUACUCUGGGAUCUGGAGUGCACGGAACUUUUGGGUGCAAGUGGGUUUCUACUAAGGCAAAUCAUGCUCGAGAAAGAGAUGGACCCGAAUUUCCUCCCUGCUGAACUUAAUCGGUUGCUUGGUCUACGAGGGUUGUUUCAUAUUCAAGUGAAAUCCGAAGAGGGGAGUCAACACUGGACUGGACCAAGAGCGUUUGGAGUUAGAUCUUUGGUCACAGAUUCAAAGAUCUUGAGCAAAUAUGAAGACUUGAGUGUUGUCGAAGAUGAAGGAAUUGAUGAAGAAAGCGAAGGAUUGUGGGCAUCUCUUGAGGAUUUGAUUCAGAAAGUUCAUGAAGUGGUUGGUUCGAGUGAUCCAAGCUCCACCCAGAGUGUCAACAACAAGUCGAAAAGAAUUGGUGAGUUUGUCAAAAAUGACUCGGUGAAGAGAGAGCUGUUUGAUGAAUCAUCUACUAAUGAGGCCAAGAAAACCAAGAAGGAUCCCGCCAGCCUGUGAAGCUCCAUGAAGUGUUGUUAGUUUUAACCACCUUUAACCACCUUUGUUAUUUUUGUUAGUUUUUGUUUUUUGUUGGUUUCAAAAGGUGGUAUGUAAUUCCUAGGCGAUGUCCUAGAGUACUCUAAAUUUGUCUUUUGUCGUCAUUUUCUACUCUAAUUAAUCAAGAAUUACGUUAGUC